GAUUGCCGUAUGAAUAGACACUACCCAAGUAUUUAUUUUGUCCACCGGUUCUAAAAAUUGUUUUCAACUUCAAUCAAAUUUUUUUAAAAAAAUCGUGAAAUAUGCGCAUUAAAGACAAAAAAUGAACAGUGAUCGUUUAAAAAAAAUUGAGGAUUCAAUAUAUUUCGCUAACGAUAAAAAACACUUAAAUGAAUCCUUAAAAAUUUAUAUAGACACUGUUAUCUCUGUAACGUGGGAUUUAAAAAAUUUAUAUAAAGAAAUUUGUUCGAGCAGGCACUUUUUCGAACCUAUUAACAAAUAUUUUUUAUCGGGAGAUAAAACGAGAAUUUUAGGUCUACUCGACAAUACUACUUUUUUUUAUGAUAUUAUAAUUGAGGAUUUUGCCAGAUGGACUAUAAAAAAAGAAAUACUGCACUUGCUUAACAACUGUUUAUGUGCGUUAAAUCCAGGUGAUGUUAAUGGAAUAAGUAAUAAGAUUUACGCUGGUUGUUCUAAAUUUUACAUUCACAAGUUAUUUGAUGUAUUAGGCAUUUACGGAGAUUAUGAUUUUCAAGCUUUAAUAUUAGAAGUGAUAUUUCAUACAAUUAAUAUAAAAGAGUUAGAAAAUCUAUCGAAAGAAUUAAUACCAGAAGCAGAACAAUUAAGAAAAGAAUUUUUAAAUAUUAAUAUUGAAACAUUUGAUGAAACUACAAGAGAAUUUUUAAAUAGUUAUAAUGAGAAAUGCAAUAAAAUAUUUUCUAUUUGUUGCCAAAAUGUUGUACUUGGAUCUAUACAUUGUUGCCAACAAGAGGAUAAACUCAAAGGAUUAUGGGUAGAUUUUAAUAUGGUAGACGGGGCUGUAAGUUGGUAUGUUAUGUUAGAAUCACUCAAUAUUAAAGGCUGUACACUAAAUGACAAAAAAAAUGUUUGGAAUUUGAUCACAUUAUUUAAAAAGGAUGUAAAAAGGGUUGAUUUCAAGAGAUCUACAAACACUGUUAAAAUCACAAUAGAAUUAAAACGACCAACUUUAAGUUCCUAUCGGGAUUACCAACAUAUUCUAGAUAAAGAAUUAACUGUACAUUUCGAAAUAGCCAAAUCUGUUAAAACAGAGUUUCUCAUUUCAGACGUCUUAUCAAAGACGUUUGGUAGAACAACAGUGAACAAUUCGAAUCAACGUAGAUCUGAUGAAAUUUUUCAGAUGAAAUUGUCUCUAAAUAGAAAGAUCUUACGAAAACGAAGACUUUCUUCAAACGAUCCCAAACGUGUCUCAUUACAUGAUACGUCUUCAUUAUCAAAUUGUUUGCUGUGUUUAGAAGAAAAAUCAAUUCCAGAAACGCACCUAUCUAAGGAAGUUGUUGUAGGAACCCAACAACCACAAAAAUUACGCUCACCUAUAGCUGAUAAUAGUAAAAGAAGCGAUUCAAUAAUUUCUAAAGAUAAAACUUUUGGGAUUCCGAAAAAUCGAUCGAGUUUAUUACAACAAAAAGAAAUUCCUGUGGGUAUCAAUAGGAAAAGUGGCGAUUUUGGUAGUGAAUCGGAUAUUUUCAUUUGUUCAGAACAAGAAAAUUGUGAUAAAGAAAAUUUGGGUAUGGAGAAUCAGGCAAAGAGAGCGCGAAUUGAUACCGAAGAAAUUAACAGAAAUAAUUCAAAAGAUGCUACUGAAUCUAAGUGUAGCAAGCAGAAAUCAACAGAAACAGUCAACAAAAGAAAAAAAUCUAGUUUAGUUAAAGAUAAACCCAAAGUAAAAAAGAGAUCGACGUAUUCAAAAAAAAAUUAUUCUAAAACGAAAUCAAAAAAGAAUUUUGAUGUCAAGAAAAUAACUAGUAAAAAUUACGAUGUUGAUAUAGAAGAUAGUGUCAUUUAUAAAUCGAUAUCUGAUUUUUUUCAUAUUGACUCAAAAGAUAGCUUCUUGAAGAGAUUUAACACAUAUGAUGCGAAAUUAAUGUGCGAAGGAAAUCAGACGAGUAACUUGAACAUGUCGAUAGAGAAAAUGAGAGAAGUAAGUGACAAUGACUCUGUCGACUCGGCUCUUGGUAUAUUAAAAAAGUUGCCGAUAAUACCAACAACUCCACCUCCGCUUCUUGAAACUAAUACUUCAACUUCUUCACCUAUUAUAAGAAAAAUGAAAAAAGUACCACCCCUUUCACUUACCCCUAAAUCCGAUGCUAAUAUCGACGAAUUAGUCGAAGGGGGGAAUAACGCUCUUAGUGAGAAGAUAAUUGGAAUAAAACCCCGUAAAAUUGUUGGAAAUGAUCAAUUUUAUUGGGAUAUUUCACCAGUAUGGUCAGUAACGGCUUAUAGAUGUUCUCAAACAACUAUUUUGAAUUCCUCAGAUUUCCUGGGAUUCUAUUAUAUCAUUAUAUUUUAUCAUUAUGACAUUUUUGAGGAUGAUACGGAAGCCGAAAAAGAGAUUUUCGAGAUCAAUAGCAGGUUGCAAGAAUUGUAUAAUUUGAAAACGAAGAUAUUGAUAUGUUUUGUAGGGUGUAAAAAACGUUUUUUUGAAAAAAUUGCUUCUCAUGUGGAAUACAAGAACUUGCAGGUACCUAUAGUUGCGGACAAUGGAAGGUUUGUUUCGGUAUUUUUGAAAAUGGAUUUGAAAAACAUGUCUGCCAAAAAGUCUUACAUAUUGGUAAACGACAGUGGUUCUGUAGUUAUGAAAAAAAUUUAUGCUGUAAAAUUUAUGAUUAACAUACAGGGGAUAUUUAACGAUGUAAACAACUUUCAAAAAACUGCCCAUUUCAAACAUUCUACUGAAUGAAAUGAGAUUUUCCUAUAUUUUUUGAAUUCCAGAUUUUUAGAAUUAUCAAAUAAAAUAUUAAGAUAUUUAAAUGUUCAAAAACCUAUUUAAUAUUGUAAAAAUUUAUCAAGUUUCGUCGUAUUUUUCACUAUUAUUAUUAUUAUAUAUUAGUUACAAGCAACUGUUAUAUUUUCUAAAUUUUUUUUAUAUUUUGAAUAAACUUUGUGAAACAUUU